AUGGCGUCUGCAGCAAGAUUUGAGCAGGAACUCAAAACGGUUGGAACUAUCAAACAACGUCUUGCGACCAUUGAUAAAGGAAACCCCGUUAUUGCCAGGCUUCGAGAGGAACUUGUCAAAAGCGCUGAGCGAGAAGAUUUAGAGUCUUUGGCACAAAAGACCAGCGAAGAACAUAAGCAUGAACUGAGGGAGGCUAGGUUAGAUGGAGUCGCGAGUUGCGUGGGCUUCAUCUUGCUCAUGUUAUUAAUCCUCUCGUUGGUUGGAGUCGCAGUACCGUUCGUUUCCAAAGACGAGAAGGGCCCCCCCCCCCCCCCCCCCAAGCCAGAAUCAAAGAGCUUAGAGGAGAAAGUCACACCUCAUUCUGGUUCUACAAGGAUCUAUUGUGGGAAGGCCAACAAAGCCGAUCCGGAAACUUCUGAGCUAAAAUAUUUUGAUCACAAGAUACGUCUGAGUAAUCCCAUGACUUCUUCACUUUUCGGGAGUACUCUCAAGUGA